AUGAUUGUGCGGAAAGCUCACUGUGUGAGGAUGGCUUGCACAUUCCUAGCAUUUGGAGGUGUUUGGGGCGGCGACUUCGAGGUUUGGGAGCCAGUGCCUUUUCGCCGCCAGGAAACAUCAUUUGCAAGGCAGACAUCAAUAGCGGAAGGUGAAGCGAUGGUUAUGACCGCAGGGCUUGAGGUCAAAGAAUGGAUGCGGGCUUUGGAGAACCGCUCACGAGAGAUAAAUUGUCGCAAGGAGAACUUUCGACGUGCAUGGGCCGACCAGGAGGUGGCUGUGCUGCACCUCAUGGUUUUCCGCCUGGUUCAAAUCCAGGCCACUGCUGCCCUGGCAACGGCCGGCAAUAAAUCAUUGGAUGCAUACGUGACUCCAGAGACGAAAAGCGACGUGGAGGUCAUCAUUUGCAUCCAGAACUUGGAGGCGGUUGCUGGAGACAUCCCAACCAAUGCCGUUCUUCGGGCUUCCACCGUGCUUCCGAUCACCAACAUCUGCCGGGAACGAGAGGUUGCGGGCACAGCAGUGCUCCAGCAGCUGGCCCGUUUCUUCGCCGCAGAGGCGGCGAGGGACUCAUCUCGGCUCUACCUGGUGGUCCUGGCGAAGAAUGCCUUCUUCAAUGACCAGCAUGGCAAAGCUCACCAUGCAAGCUCUGCGGAGGCUGUUGGAGCAGCAAUCGUGGAGAAGUAUCGGCGCAUUCUUCGAGAGGACGAGGUCGAAGACGGGAAGCCGCGCGUGAUCGUCGGAACUGAUCGCACAUGCCGCCGCGGGCAAUACAAAGCUUGUGAAGAGGCGCAAAGUCCGCCUUACUUGACGGAUACCGGGCUGCUGGGUUCCGCGGAGGCGCUGGAGCUCUUGAUUGCCGGGCUGCUGGCGAUGGCGCCUGCUGGCAUUGCGGAUCUGGGCUCCUUGCUGCGCCGCGCCGCCACCUUGGCAGAGGUGCGGGUUGUGCCGGACCAUCAGCAGUUGAUCUUCGGCAGUCUGACCGAGGUGACAGCAGGGAGUUGUGCAGAUCAGGCAGAUCAAGGGAACUGGUGUGCUGCGGCCUCCCCGUGCUGCCCGAUCAGCAACGACUUCCGAUAUUUGCACGAGGCCAUCGCGCCUUUGGAGCGGAACAUCAAGCCGGACGAGUUCAUCUCCUUCAAUGGUGGUGGACUCCACGGCGCAUUCGAGAUUCCGAACUACAGGCGCGCUCCGUUCUGGAAGUACUUCUGGGCGCAGCACUUCGUGACAAGGCAGCACGUCUUCAACGUGCACCACACUGGCUAUAUUGUGCUCUGCGUGUUCUUCUGGUGGACUGGAGCUUUCUCGACCGCGCCCAUGGAGCGAAGGGAGAAGUACUACAUGCAUUCGCCAAAGUUCAGGCUGCAGUCGGCGUAUGCAAACCCAGGCACCCGGCCUGCUGCGAAGAUUGCCCAGGAGCAGGCCAAGGUUCGCUACUUCUACAGAGGGCAUGACCAUGCUUUCACCCUCAACGAGACGAAAGACUUCUUCUUCAAGCUCCGCGAGAACUGGCUCAUCCAGCACUACCCUGGCAUCCAGUAUCCAUUUGUUCAUCGUCAGAUGAUCCCGGAGAAGACCGCCGAGCCACUGAAGGUGCCGACUUCGGAUCCUCUCCUUCCUGGCCAAGGCCACUGA